CGUGAUCUUCUCGUUUGCAUUCUCAACUCUAGUCUUCACUCAAAGGGAGAGGGUAAUGAGCAACUUGUCGAGGUUCGUGAUGAUCAUAUGGGUGUUUGUGGUGCUCAUCCUACAAACCACUUACACCGCAAGCUUAACAUCGAUGUUGACAGUAGAAAGGUUGCAGCCGACGGUAACAGAUAUUGAAGAGAUAAGAAACAAUGGUUACUAUGUGGGUUAUCAGAACGGUUCCUUUGUCAAAGAUCUACUGAUAAAUCGAUUGAAAUUGGAUCCUAACCAGUUAAGAGCUUAUGACACUGAAGAUGAGUGUCAUGAAGCCUUGUCUAAGGGAACAUCUAAAGGAGGAGUUGCAGCCAUUUUUGAUAAAAUCCCCUUCAUAAAGGUUUUCCUCUCCAAUCAUUGUUCCAAGUAUAAAAUGGUUGGACCCAUCUACAGGACUGAUGGAUUUGGUUUUGUCUUCCCGUUAGGCUGCCCUCUGGUCUCUUACAUUUCAAGAGCAAUCUUGAACGUUACUCAAGGGGGCAGAAUCGAGGGGAUUGAGAAAUCAUGGUUUAAACAGAAAACAAAAUAUGGAGACGUAAAUGAAGAAGGGUCCUCAACGUCAAGCAGCAUCAGCCUCCAAAGCUUUAUGGGUCUCUCUCUUAUCACAGGAUUUGCUUCAGGCUUUUCACUUCUGAUUUACUUGCUGCAAUUUUCUUAUGAUUAUUGGAACCAUCCAAUCACCACCACAACCACAGAAUCAGUUCGGCAUAAAUUUCUUAAUAUGAUGAAGCACUUUGAUCAGAAAGAUCUCUCCUCACAUGGUUUCAAGAGAACUUCAUCUAGGAUACAUCCUGUCGGCGCCGAAAUCCGAGAAAUUGAAAUUUCUUCUGAUGUUCUUUGUUCACAAAGCUCACCCAGUAUUUCUAGUGAGACAAUUGGGGACAUUGUUCAAGAUGGUGAAGGUGAGGAUACCCAAUCUGAGCCUACUGAAUCUGUAGACAUGGAAACUUCAAUAUAGAAAUAACUGACCUUCCGGUACU